GGUAACCCGAAAAGCGUUCUAUUAGGGUUUUUAUAGCCUUGGCCUGGUACUUCUCUUUUAGCGCCUCCGUCUUCCUCCUCUGCUACAGAUUUCAAAACCCUAGGUAAGGCGUAAGCGAGAGAGGCAAAAAAAUGGUCGACAAGACUAAAGGAAGAAAGGAAGAAGUGGUGACCAGGGAGUACACCAUUAAUCUCCACAAACGUCUCCAUGGAUGCACUUUUAAGAAGAAGGCUCCAAAGGCAAUCAAGGAGAUCAGGAAGUUUGCACAGAAAGCCAUGGGGACAACUGACGUGAGAGUGGAUGUGAAGCUUAACAAAUACGUAUGGAGUAGGGGAAUCAGAAGUGUUCCCAGAAGAGUUAGGGUUAGAAUUGCUCGCAAGAGGAAUGAUGAUGAAGAUGCUAAAGAAGAACUUUACUCACUUGUUACUGUUGCUGAGAUCCCAGCUGAAGGGUUGAAGGGUCUUGGCACCAAGGUUAUUGAUGAUGAAGAUUGAUUUAUUCAUCUUGGAAUAUGUGAUUUUUGAUAUUUGGUACUUCUGUUAUGAUUUUAGUGUUUUAUGUUUUGUUGAGGAUUACAACUUUUUAUGUGAUUGAAAGAUUUUCAUACUUUGUUUCUUUUGAUUUAUUUUUAAACCUUUCGAAUUCUGUCCUAUUUUAUGGCUAAAAAUUUGUUAUAUCAUUUGUUUAUUGGGUUUGGGUU